AUGCUGGCUGUCGAAACGGGCAUGUCGGACAUGCGCGUGCUCGACGACUCAGACUCGUCUGCAAACUCUGUCGAGACAGCCGCAUCCCACAGCUCGCCUGUGCCCGCUGCCUCGAACGCGCCUGGAAACCGGCCAGGAUGCCGUCGGGUGCUCGUCCCCAUCACUUCAGACACCGAGUUCUUCACCCGCCUCACCAGCGAAGUCUCUGGGCUCGAGAAGCUGCAGGAGCGCGAGCAAAAGCGCAUGAAUGUCCAAAUCGAAGCCCUUGGCAAGCAGGUUGCCAAGCUAACGGACCCUGAUCGACGCUCCUCCCGCAAGAUGCUCACCACGUGGCGCCACAUCUUCCAAAUCUACGUGGAAGAGGGAAUCUUCUUUGGCACCACGGAGCUAGAUCACAAAUCACAUGACUCGCAAAAGGCCAUGGCUCGCCUAGCUACCUUUUCCAACAAGAUUGCCAAGGCGGGUCUAGUCGAGCAGCUGAAGAAGAAGGACAACCUAGUUGCCCUGAAUACCUUUAUGCAUAUCAACCGCGAGAUUCUACAAGGCCUGAGGUUUGGUGAAAUCAAUCACAAUGCCAUGACCAAGAUUCUGAAGAAAUUCGACAAACGCACCGCGCUCGGCGUCAAAUCCACGUUUCCGCGCCAAGUCGAAUACCCAGAGUUCUCCGAGCACCUCGCCAAGGCCGUGUGCGCACAGGUAAACACACAGAUUCUGUCGCACGUUCCGCAAAUCGACGACUACUCGUGUCCCAUGUGCAUGGAGAUCCAGUGGCGGCCUGUCAAACUCAGUUGCAACCACACGUUUUGCAUCCGCUGCCUGAUUGUCAUGCAGAACAACAAGCAGUACAACUGUCCGUUUUGCAGGGAGCGCACCAUUUUUAAUGCAAAUUCUGAUAACCUCGACACGGAAAAAGCUGCCUUCCUCAAAAAAUGGUUCCCAAAUGAAGUCAAGGAUAAGCAGCGGUACAAUGAGAUGAUGGCUGGCGUGGACCAGUACGGCGAGGUGUAUGCAAAUGAGAAAUGCACCGUCAUGUGA